CAAGAAGCACUUUGGUAUAACCGCGGAAUGUGUUUCAAACAUGGGAGAUUUGACAGACCUUUAAUUGUGAUUGUAUUAGUUAUUUAACAUUAACAGGCAUUUGUUGCAGGGCAAUAAGCAUAGGUUUACGUAAGUUAAAAAUAUUCGAAAUAAGGAUCUGGAAAAAUCAUGACUGAUAUAACCGUCAUUUCGAACGCAGUGCCAUCUUACGCUUUUGUAGUAUGUAACUAAGUAAUGGGAUUAAAAAAAAAAAAAAAAAUACACCACUAACAGUUACACAUGAAAUACUAAUGCGUAUUGCGAAGUGAAUUUAUUGAAGUAUAUUUCACUGUAGCUGCUGUGAUAAUGGUUAAGCAAGUAGCCCACGACGUUGAAGCUAAAGAGCGAACUAAAGACAUAUACAUUAGUGAAGAUGUCAGUUUUAAUGGACUUUUGCUAUCACAGAAAGUUCUUGAUGGGUUAACAAAAUGUGGUUUCAAGAGACCUUCGCCUAUUCAGCUGAAAGCUGUGCCCUUGGGUCGCUGCGGGUUCGAUUUGCUGGUACAAGCAAAAAGUGGCACUGGAAAGACAUGCGUUUUUACAAUAAUUGCCCUAGAAAUGGUUGACGUCGAAAGUAUGUCACUGCAAGCUUUAGUUUUGGCACCAACACGAGAAGUUGCUGUACAAAUAAUGCAGGUGAUAUCCAGCGUUGGUUGUUCCGUAAAAGGUCUGAAAGUAGACACAUUUAUCGGAGGCUUGCCUUUUGAGGAAGAUGUGAGAAAGCUCAAAAGAACUCACAUUGCUAUUGGAGCUCCAGGCAGAGUGAAACACCUGAUAGAGAAAGGAUACAUGAAAACAAAUUGUAUACGUCUAUUUGUUCUUGAUGAAGCUGAUAAGUUGUUGGAACCCUCUUUCCAGAAAGAUAUAAAUUAUAUAUUUUCUAGGCUGCCAACAAGGAAACAGUUGUUGGCUUUGACUGCUACAUUUCCUCAAGAAUUGCAGAACUUCUUGUCUCGUUAUAUGCAUAAUCCAUUGCAUGUGAGUCCUGAUGAAACAGCAUUGACUUUAUUGGGACUUCGGCCAUUUGUCACACUGGUUCGAGCACACCCUAAUCCUGCAGCCCAAGUUCAGAUAAAACUUGAAUGUCUUGUACAUGUUCUUUCACAUGUUUCCUUUCAGCAGUGCCUUAUAUUCUCAAAUUAUCAGAGCAGGGCUGAAAGUAUUUGCAAUAUGCUGAAUGGUCAUGGUUGGCCAGCCACAUGGAUAAGCAGCAACAAAUCACAGGAAGCUCGCCUCGAGGCAAUAGCUACACUGCGCGAGUUCCGGAACCGUAUUUUGAUCUCUACAGACCUGACAGCACGUGGCAUAGACCUAGAAAAUGUUAAUCUAGUGAUAAAUUUAGAUUUACCAUAUGAUAGUCUUACAUAUUUACAUAGAAUUGGUAGGGCAGGUAGGUAUGGGUCUCAUGGAAUUGUGAUUUCUAUUAUAGCUGAUGGUAAAGAGCUUGAGGACUUCCAGAAGAUGUUAGGUUCAUAUGGUGGGGAAAGUGCAUAUGUUUAUAAGCUUACUUUGGAUCAUUUAGUAUUAGACUUAUGGGCUUACAAGAUGGAUGAAUUUGAAAAAAUUCAAGGAACUGUUGUUAAUAAUGAAAAUGACAAGGAAACAAGAGCUACAGUACAAAACUCCUUCACCGGAAAUGCCACAACUGUUGUCAAAAAUCCGUGUAAUGCAGAUGUAGGAGGAUGCAACAAAGAGGAGUCAGUAAUGCUGGUUAAAUGCGAGAAUCUGGAUGAACCGAUUUCUACUGCCCAUGUUUGCGUGGAUGGGAAUAAUCCAAACAUUUCUGAAGAAGAGAGUACAAAUAAUAAAAUUGACAGAAUUGCUAAAAACCUGCUUCUUGAUCGAAACAGUAGUGAUUGGUUAACAACACUUGAGCCAUACAAUGAACUUGUACAGAUGGGAAACAGUGAAGUAGUUGAAAUAUCACUAAAAAGAAAUUGUUCUUUGAAUCUGGUAGAAGUGACUAAAGAUCUUGAAGCAUUAUUGUCAAUGAUUGAACAAAAGGCACAAGUAACAUUCAGUGAAGCCUUCGAAAAUUGUAGAAAUCUUCAAACCGAAGAGCUACUGAAUGAUUUGUGUAAAAGUGGUACAUUUGUCCUUCAGGAAGAUAUCAGUAGAAACAAAGUGAUUUCAGUGGGGAAAAGUCAGAAUUACUCUAGUCAAAACAAUAAAAAGACAGAGAAUAAGGAAAUGUCUUAUCCAUGUCACAUACCUAAAACUCCAUGCAAUGAUACAUUAAUUCUUAGAGAGGAAGUCAGAGAAGAUGAAAUGGCUACAAAAUCGGAGAUCCUGAAUGGACAAAAUGUGAUGAGUAAUGAAACAAAUAAUUUUCCAUUUCCAUGUCAUGCUUCUGGCAGAAAAGUUAAAGUUAGUGGUGUGAACCCAAAAUUAAGUAAAUUGCAUCAGGAGGCUCACGCUAAAGGAUAUCCUAAUGGAGAUGUGAACUGUGGUCCUGAAGUGAAGUGGGAUAAAUGUUAUAAAUAUAUUACAAGAAACAAAAAGAGUAUCACCCAAAACCAAGGUGUGAACUCUCACAACACUUACUCAGGGAUAAGAAAACCUGAUAAAACUAACUGGCAUUAUUAUCUUGAAAACAAUACUGUUGCCAGCAAGAGAUUGGGCAACAAUAGUAAAGGUAUUCCUUUUGAUAAUGCAGACUGGCACAAGACAUGGAGAGAACAGAUAUAUAGGCAGUAUUUGCAGUAUGUAGAAUACUUCCAGUACAUGAUGCAGCAAAAGUACAUUUUCCCUUAAAGCACUUUAUGCUGUGAGGCUUAGGAAGUAAAAUGUUGGUAAUUUUGAGAUAUUUUGUAUAUUGCAUAUAUGUAUAAAAUGUACAAAAUGGGUUUUUGAUGUUAAUUUAUUUAAACUCCUGAUAUUGAAAUACAGAGAUUUGGUACUAAAUAGUUUCACCUUCUCUUAAUUAUGGAUGACCACACAUACAACUGUGUGACAUUAACCCUGUUUUAUAUUUGUUCCAUUGGUCAUAUGAAACUGACAUCCAUUUUUUGUUUAAAAGGCUGGGCAGAGGCCUGUUCUCUCCCCACUUGUUGUGUAACUUUCCUCAGUCUCACCACCCUCAUAUUCUCACUCCCUCUGAAAUUUCUAGCAAUACCUGGAAAUGCAUUUUUCACUGCAUCUAGCUACAAACAUAGGUGUUUCUUGAGACUCCAAAACUUGAACAAUUGUGUUCAAGAAAAUUCAAAUCCAGCCUGAUACCAGCAGCAUUUAACACAGUACACUGGUUACCUAUUAACAAACAAAAUAAUGUUUUCCAAUAAUGUGAGAAGACGUGUGGUACUGUACUGCAGAUGCAGUGUGGUACUGUUUGGCUACCUUUUUUAGAAAUUUUACUAAUUAUUUUUAAUGUCAUUCAUAUACAGUUUUACAGUUACAGAUGAUUAUAAAAACGUGGAAGUACCACGGGUUAAGUCACCGUAUCACCCAGCUAACAGCUGUUUGUAGUAGAGAACAACUUGUAUACGUGAGGUGGUGGAAUAUAUAAGGAUGUCGUAGUGCUGGAGAGGGGGAGGACUGCUAUCAGAGAGCAGAAGCCUUUAUCAGUUGCCAACUCUGCACUGUACAUGUACAAGGCAUGUUAAAAAAAUGGAAGAUAAUUUUAUUUGUCUGUAUAAUACAUAAAUGUUAUCCCCUUGAAGCUAUUCUCUAUAAAACUUUUGGAACUCUAUCUUUGGAAUACCUUUUAGCUCUCCCAAAGAUUCACUUUUAAUCUCAUCUAUGCUUAUAAAACAAUGGCCCUGUAAGGUUUUAUUUAUUUUUGACAACAUAAUAAAGAAACAUGAUACCAUUUGUGGCAAGUAUGGAGGUUGGGACAUCAUUGGGGG